AUGUUUAUUUAUAAUUUAAUAUUAUUAUUUAUUCUUAUAAAAAGUUGUUUAUUAACAACAUUAACAAAAACUUAUUCAACAAUUGAUUUAAAAGAAAAUAUUCCAAUAAAUACAAAUAUUUUACAAUUAACAAAAGAAAUACAAAAUUUGAAAUUAAUUUUAUUAAAUUUAGGUGGAUUUGAAACAAAUUUAUUUUCAAUAAAAAAUGAAAAUUUAUUUACAAUAAAUGAAAUUGAUCGUGAAAAAUUAAUUGGUGAAAAAAGAUGUUUUGAUCGUUCAUAUUGUUUAAUUGAACUUCAUAUACUUGUUAAUGAUGGUGAACAAUAUUGGGUUAUACCAAUACAUAUUAUUGAUGAAAAUGAUAAUAAACCAGAAUUUAAAAAUUCUUCAAUAGAAUUAAAAUUUCAUGAAAAUAUAUAUGGUGGAUAUAAAAUAUUAUUUGAAGGUGCAAAAGAUUUAGAUGAAGGUUUAAAUGGUAAAAUUCGUUAUAUUCUUGAUUGUUCAAUAAAAAAAGAAAAAUUAAUAAUAAAAGAAAAUAAAAAUAAAUCAUUAAUAAAUUGUUAUCCAUUAUUUGAAUUUGAAAUAAUAUCUCAAUCAUCAUUAUUAAAUCAAUAUGAUCAAUUAGCAUUAAAAUUUAUUCCACCAUUAUCAAAUGAAUAUAUUGAAAAUGAAAAUGAAAAUGAAAAUGAAAAUGAAAAUGGAAAUGAAUAUAAUUUAAUAUUAUAUGCAAUUGAUAAUAGUUUAAAUGAUAAAGAAUUAUUUAAUUUAAUGAAUAUAAAUAUAAAAAUUGAAAAAAUAUUAAAAAAACCAAAAUUUUAUUUAUCUGAAUAUGAAUUUAUAAUAAAAAUAAAUUCUUUAUUAAAAAAUAAAACAAUUAUUGGUUAUGUUAAUGCAAAAUCAAAUGAUAAAAAAAAUAAAAUUUUUUAUAAAUUAAUAAAUAAAACAAAUUUUAUUGAAAUAAAUUCUUUAACAGGUCAAUUAUUUAUAUCAAAUGAAAAUUUUUUAAAAAUAAAUUAUUUUAAUAAUUAUAUUCAAUUAUUAAUUGAAGCAUAUUAUUUAAAUAAUGAAAAUAUAAAAUCUUUUACUAAAGUUAAAUUAUAUUUUCGUUCAAUUAAUUAUAUAAAUAAUAUUUCAUUUAAUAUUAAUAUUAAAUCAUUAUUUAUUCAACAAUUAAAUAAUUCAAAUACAUUUUUUAUUUAUAAAAAUAUUUCAAUAAAUGAAAUAUUAUUUCAAUUAAAUAUUUUAUCUUAUUAUUAUCCAUAUGAUAAAUAUUUUCUUUUACUUGAAAAUUAUUCUUCAACAUUUUCAAUUAUUUCAUCUUCUAAUAAAAUAAAUAAUUUUAUUUUAAAAACUUCAAAUUAUAUUAUAUCAAAAUCAAUUUAUUUAUUAAAUAUUAAAAUUAAACAUGAAUUAACUCAAGAAUGGUUAUUAACAAAUAUAACAAUUAAAUUUAUUGUUAUUGAUCAAUUAACAACUUCUAUUAAUCUUAUACAAUCAUCUUCAUCUUUUUUUUUAUCAAAUAUUUGUUUACAAAAUUUUACUUAUUUUCUUUAUGAUUUUUAUAAUAAAAAUCAAUUUGGAAAAUUAAAAGUUAUUCAAACAAAUUUAAAUAUUUCAGUUUUUUCAAAUUUUUUUAUAUUUAUUAAUCAAAAUGAAAUUAUUAUUAAUGAUUGUCGAAUGUUAAUUGAGCAAUUUGAUUUAAAUUAUUUAAAUCAAACACAAUAUGAAUUAUGUUCAUCGAAUAAUUAUUGUUUUAAUAUUACAUUAAUUAAUCAACAAUUUUCAAUUUUUUCAAUUAAAAAUAAAAAUAAUAAUUUUAUUUCAAAAUCAAUUUUAUUAAUUCGACCUAUUGAAAUAACAAUAUUGACUUUUUCAAUUAUUUUUAUUAUGGCAACAAUAACAUUAAUUAUUAUUAUUUGUCGAUUAAAAGGUUUUCGUCUUUGUUUAACAAUUAAAAAUUAUUUAUUUUAUGGAAAAAAAUAUGGUUUAAAUAAUGCUCAACGUCUUUCAUCAACAAAAAUGACAGUAAGUUAA